AUGAAAUACGUGCCGGAAAUCAAGAAGUCCCCACCGCACCUCCUCAAGCAAUUCGCAGUGUGCGACAUUACUCUGUAUGACAUUUGUGACUACAAUGUCUCCCGGGACCGAUGCAAGAUGCUGGGGUGCUGCUUCUACAAGAGCGUCUGCUACGAGAAAGCGGUCCCUGUUUACGUGCAGAUGUUCUUUGCCCUGAUGAUAAUCGUCGCCGGGGCCUUAAUCAUCACCCUUAUCUACAGAGUUGUUCAAGAGAGCCGGAAGGAGAAAGCAGUCACCACGGACACCACGUUAUUAGCCAAGCCCAGUGAGGAAGCUGAGGGGGUCUCAGCUGGUGGUCAGUCACUGCUGAGGCCUUCGAGCAUGGAGACCUCCAAGAGGAGUGACUUGAAAUCAGAGGACGGGCGCUUCCUGGGUGACGAGAUGAUGAGGGAUGGUGAGAUGACGAAAGAUGCUCCCCCACAGAAUGCAUGA